AUGUCGCGAUUAUCGAUUGAUCAAGCGGUCGAGUAUGAGGCUCUUCGCGAAGACAUCGCCACCGAGAAGCAAACGCUGAGGAACUACGAGAUCCGAGAAGAGCGAAACAAGCAGGCACUCGGGUACCUGGCCAAGCCAGACGCAGAGUCGAAGGUCUGGUACUGUGCUGGUGACUUCUUCAUCCACCUGCCCAAGCAGAAGGCCGAGGGACUUGUGCAGCGAGACCGAGACAACGCAGCGUGCGAGGCCGAGGCAACACACGAACGGAUCAAGAGCAAGACCGUGGAGCUACAGCAGCUAGCCAAGCGCCCCUCUUCGGUCGAGUAUGAGGCUCUUCGCGAAGACAUCGCCACCGAGAAGCAAACGCUGAGGAACUACGAGAUCCGAGAAGAGCGAAACAAGCAGGCACUCGGGUACCUGGCCAAGCCAGACGCAGAGUCGAAGGUCUGGUACUGUGCUGGUGACUUCUUCAUCCACCUGCCCAAGCAGAAGGCCGAGGGACUUGUGCAGCGAGACCGUGACAACGCAGCGUGCGAGGCCGAGGCAACACACGAACGGAUCAAGAGCAAGACCGUGGAGCUACAGCAGCUAGCCAAGUACACGGGUGGCGGCCCUCACCUCUCCACCGCUCCCACUACACCUGCUGCGGUUCCUCCUCAGCGCAAAGAGAACCGACUGGCGGCAGAGAAGUCGCCCUACCUACUACAGCACAAGCACAACCCAGUCGACUGGUAUGCCUGGGGCGAGGAGGCGUUUGCCAAGGCGAAACGGGAGAACAAGCCCAUCUUCCUCGAGAAGAUCUCGCGGCUGCUCAACGACAACUUCGUCUCUAUCAAAGUUGACCGGGAGGAGCGCCCUGAUGUCGACCGAUUGUACAUGACCUAUGUCACAGCAACGACCGGACAUGGCGGAUGGCCACUCAGUGUCUUCCUCACGCCCGAUCUCAAACCGCUAGUGGGUGGAACCUACUUUCCCCCUACCUCCAAGUACGGCCGUCCGGGCUUCGACACGCUUAUUCACAACGUGGACAAGGUGUGGAGAGAGAAGCAAGACCAGCUCAAGGCCGAGGCAGACAAUACGGCACACGCUCUUCAGGAGUACAUGACUGUUGCCGGCAAGGAGGUGGAGGGAAUCGACGAUGACUCCAUUGAGAUAGCCUACGACGCGGCGCUCAAAAGUUUGGCAGAGUCCUACGACGAAGAGCACGGCGGCUUCACCAGGGCGCCCAAGUUCCCACGGCUCGCCACCUUGAACUUCCUGUUUCGCGUGUACGGUCACCGGAAGGAGGGGCUCGAGUUGAACGAGAAGGCCACCAAAGCGAUGGACAUGGCCCUUGUCACACUCACCAAGAUGGCCCGGGGAGGCAUCUACGACCACAUCGGUAAUUGGCUGGUCCCGCAUUUCGAAAAGAUGUUGUACGAUCAAUCGCAGUUGACCAUGGCCUACUUGAGCGCCUACCAGAUAACCGACGAGCCCGUGUUUGCCGACGUGGCCGAGGACGUGCUCGAAUACGUGACCACCAAGAUCACUUCGCCAGAGGGAGCGUUCUACAGCGCCGAAGACGCCGACAGUUUGGUAUCGCCCGACAGCGACGAGAAGGUGGAAGGCGCGUUCUACGUGUGGGAGUACGACGAGGUUAUCAAAGCCCUCGGGGAGCAGGAUGGUAAGAUCUUCGCUCACCGCUACGGAGUAUUGCCGGAGGGGAACGUACCAGCGCCGGCAGACAUUCAAGGCGAGCUCAAGCACAAGAACGUGCUGGCCGAGAAGCUCACCGCAGAGGAGACGGCAUUGGAGUUUGGUUUUAAGGUCGAUUACGUCGACAAGCUGACCAUGGAAAGCAAGGCAAAGCUCAAGCACGAACGAGACAAACGACCUCGACCUCACCUCGAUGACAAAAUCAUCACAUCAUGGAACGGACUCAUGAUCUCGGCCUAUGCCAGAGCAUCGGAGGUGCUGGGCGACAAGCGCUACGCGGAGUCGGCCAGCAAAUGUGCGCAGUUCAUCAGGGACCAGCUCUACGACGAUCAGGAGGCCAUACUAUGGGCGCGGCAACGUGGUUAUUUCAAUACUGUCAAAGACGACCCUUCGUUGCUGGCGCGCGUGCGCGAUGACCAAGACGGCGCUGAGCCCUCGAGCAACUCCAUCUCAGCCAUGAACCUGGUGCGCCUGUGGCACAUGACGGGAAGCGAUGACUGGUACAAGAAGGCCGAGGCCACCUUCUCCUCGUGCAAGGGACCCAUCAUCACGCCACUUCGGCUCACCGUGUGCCCCGCCAAAGAUGCACCGUUGAUGGUGCCGCAGAUGUUGUGUUCGCUCGACUUUAGCCGAGCCACAGCAAAGCAGAUCGUCAUCGCCGGCGACCCGAACGCGGAGGACACGGCGGCCUUGCUCAAGGAGGUGCGGUCCCAGUUCAUCCCCAAUCGGGUACUGCUCUAUGCCGACGGGCGCGAGGGACAAGACUUCCUCUCCUCCUACCGCGCUCUGAUUAAGGACAUGAAGCCCAUCGACGGAGCAGCCACGGCCUACGUGUGCGAGAACUUCACCUGCAAGCUGCCCACCAACAAGCCCGAGAAAUUGAGGGACGCCCUCGCGUCUUGA